AUGGAUAAUCUCUCCCUUCCUACUGAUGAUGAGCUCCUCCCAGUCCUGCAUGAGUUUCGCGCCAAGCCUAUAAAGCCGAAAGGCCCUGAUCUCCCACUCCCGCCGAUUACUUACCCACAAAACGCACUGGCCGCGCAGCAGAAGUACAAAGAUGAAGGAGCCCGCUGCUUCAAGAUCUACUCGAGGGGCCCGUAUGAUUUUAAAGUGUCCCCAAAUGCAGAUAUGGCGAUCAAGGUAGACAUCGCACACGACAGACUGAAGAAUAUCGGGCGUCCAAAAACGGAGAAGGAUCUUCGGGCAACGGGGACGGCAUGGCCGAUGAGGUGCUUAUUUGACUACUAUUGGGCUGCGGCACAGAUCGCCGGGGUUAGUCAGGAGGAUAUUGGACGACAAUAUGGGGUUAACCUGGUUCCAUCCCUACCAUUUCCGCCCACGCCUGGGGAAGUUGAGACCCGAAAGACACAAUUUAAGAUAGAGAGCAUGGAGAAGUUACGGCAAAUGCUUAAGCAUCCAGAAAUCCGAAAACUCAUCCCUGUUGAUGCGCGUGGGAAGCCCAUUUGGGAUGAAACUAAACAUGGCGAGUUUUGUGUUCUGGUCGUGAAGAUUGAUCAAGAAUGUGGUUUGGAGGAGUUUAGUCCAGCUUAG